AGAGAUAAUAUAUGCGUUUGAAGCUCAACAUUUAAUGACAAUAAAUAAGGUUUGGUAAAAAUGUAGUUUAUCUCACUUUCUUAUUAUGUUAAAUUUUCGUUUAAUUCUGCGAUAGUUAAGAUUCUGCCAACCUUACAGUUAAUAAAAUGGCUUUGAGAAAUAUAACAAAGCUUUUAAAAAAUAGAACAUUGCCACAAUGUAUACGAUAUUUUAGCAUAAUAUUGACGAAUGAACAUGAAAUGCUACAGAAAACAUGCAGAGAUUUUGCGGAGUCUGAGUUGAAGCCAGUGGCGGCACAACUCGACAAAGAGCACAAAUUUCCCACUGAGCAAAUUAAGAAACUAGGCGAACUUGGUUUAUUAUCAAUAAAUGUAUCAGAAAAAUGGGGUGGCUCAAAUCUGGAUAGUCUAUCACUAGCUAUUGCAGUUGAAGAGAUUGCUAGAGGAUGUGGUGGUACAGGUACCAUUGUAUCUGUUCAUAAUUGCCUUUACGUAAAUUUACUGGAUAGAUUGGGCACUGAUGCGCAAAAAGAAACGUUUCUGAGACCAUUCACUGGCGGCACGCUUGGCUGUUUUGCCCUAAGCGAACCCGACGCCGGUAGUGAUGUUGGUGCAAUUUCUACAACUGCGAUAUUAGAUGGUGAUCAUUAUAUCCUCAAUGGCACAAAAUCGUGGGUGACUAGUGGAUAUGAAGGGAAGGCAGUAGUGGUAUUUGCAACAGUUGAUAAAAAGCAAAAGCACAAAGGUAUCACUGCCUUUUUAAUUCCUCUACCUUAUCAGGGACUAUCUCUAGGAAAGAAAGAAGACAAGAUGGGGAUACGAGCCUCGUCUACUUGUAAUAUAAUCCUUGAAGACGUUCGAAUACCGAAAGAAAAUGUAUUAGGUAACGUUGGAGAAGGUUUUAAAAUUGCAAUGAGUCAACUUGAUAACGCUCGUGUCGGAAUUUCUGCUCAAGCACUUGGUAUUGCACAAGCUGCUCUGGACUGUGCUGUCGAUUAUUCGUCACAAAGGAAGGCAUUUGGUCGUCCUAUCAACGAAAUGCAAGCUGUUCAGUUAAGGAUAGCAGAAAUGGCUGUAGCUUUAGAAUCUGCCAGGCUUUUAGUAUGGAGAGCGGCAGUUUUAUGUGACGAGCCAGUAAGAUCUUCGAAAGAAUCGUCAAUGGCAAAACUAGCUGCUAGUCAAGCAGCAACAUUCGUCUCACACAAUGCCAUUCAGAUUUUAGGUGGAAUGGGAUAUGUGACGGACAUGCCUGCGGAAAGACAUUACAGAGAUGCCAGAAUAACAGAAAUUUAUGCCGGUGUAAAUGAUGUGCAUAAACAAAUUAUCGCUGGCCAAAUUAUCAAGAGUUAUCAAAACUAAAAUA